AAGUGAAGGAGAGGUAAAUGAAGCUGACCGGGGACAGCAUGGCGUCCGACGAAGGGACGGGUGACUGCGACGGUGGUCGGACGGUCAUCGUUGGGGUGAAGUUGGAUCCUCGGAGCAGGGAAUUGCUCACAUGGGCUCUCGUCAAAGUGGCCGAGCCUGGUGACCAUGUCAUUGCGCUUCACGUUAUCGGCAGUAUGCCAGCGGGUACCGGAUCGCUCCUCUCUCUUGUAAAUACUUUUGAUUCGGUUCUCGCCGUCUACGAAGGUUUCUGCAACUUGAAGCAGGUUGAUCUCAAGCUGAAAGUCUGUAGAGGUGAGUCUGCUCGGAAACUUCUUGUACGGGAGGCGAAAUCGUUUAAUGCAUCAACUGUAAUUGUGGGGACUUCCAAAACGCAUCACACAAUCCGGUCAUCGGCAUCCGUUGCCAAGUAUUGUGCGAAAAAAUUGCCCAAAUGCAUCUCUGUCUUUGCGGUUGACAAUGGCAAAAUUGCAUUCCACAGAGAGGCUACAAAAACAUGUGGUGUUCAAGUAAAACCAAAUGAAGGCCCAGCUUUGUCAAGAAAAUCCUUCAAGCUUUGUACAAAGACAAAUCUGAGGAACUGUGAAUGUUGUGAGAGGGUGUUAGCACUUCCAGAGAGUACUGCUAUUGAAGAUUUGCCUGAUGAUCAGGAAAAGAAAGAUUCACUGGCUUUAGUACCGUUCCAGAAAAUUGGCGACGGUCAUGGUCGUGCAACUGUGGUUAAGGAAUCAAACCAGUCUAAACAUGGUUGGUCUGUCCUUCGCCAGGUAUUUCUGCCCAGAAAGCACAUGCAGAAGUCGUAUGUGAGCAAUUCAUAUGUUUUUCAACGGGCAGUUAAACAGACCAGCUGGCAUUCAUCAGCCGUAGUCCAUCCGGAUCUUAAAAAAAUUAAUAUUGACAAAAAUGACAAUUCUACCCUUGAUGGGCAGAGUGGUGCCAUUGUGCCAUUCGGAUCUGCUUCUAACUCUGGCUUCAGUAACUUUCAUGAAGAAUUGUCCAGCUUACAGGAGAAGUACUCAUCCUCAUGCAGAGUGUAUAGUUUCCAAGAACUUGCUUCCGCAACUGCUAACUUCUCGCCUGAAAAUUUGGUUGGCAAAGGCGGCAGUAGCUAUGUUUAUAAAGGAUGUCUUCCAGAUGGCAAGGAGGUUGCUGUGAAAAUUUUGAAGCCAUCAGAAGAUGUGGUCAAAGAGUUUCUUCUGGAAAUUGAGAUCAUCACAACUUUGCAUCAUAAGAACAUAAUAUCUUUAUCUGGGUUUUCUUUUGAUGACAAUAAUUUGCUUUUGGUUUAUGAUUUUCUAACAAGAGGAAGCCUAGAAGAGAACAUUCAUGGUGAUAAGAAGGACUCUAAUGAAUUUGGUUGGCAAGAGAGGUAUAAGGUGGCUGUGGGUGUUGCUGAGGCAUUGGAGUUUCUGCAUAAUGGCUGUGCACAGGCUGUGAUUCACAGGGAUGUAAAAUCUUCAAACAUCCUUCUUUCAGAUAAUUUUGAGCCUCAGCUCUCCGAUUUUGGACUGGCCAGCUGGGGUUCUUCUUCAUCCCAUGUUACUUGUACUGAUGUGGCAGGAACCUUUGGAUACUUGGCUCCAGAGUACUUUAUGCAUGGUAGGGUAACUGACAGAAUUGAUGUAUAUGCUUUUGGUGUUGUGCUUCUUGAGCUUCUUUCUAGCAGGAAGCCCAUCAAUAACGAAUCCCCUAAGGGCCAGGAGAGCCUUGUGAUGUGGGCAAGACCAGUUCUAAAGGAUGGAAAGCUCUCCCAGUUGCUUGAUUCAAGCCUUGGCGAUCCUGAACAUUGGCUGAUUGACAGAAUGGGUUUGGCUGCUACCCUUUGCCUCAGACGAUCACCUAAAUCUCGACCUCAAAUCAGCGUCAUAUUGAAACUUCUGCAUGGUGAUGAUGAAGUCACAAGUUGGGCAAAACAAGAAGUUGGUGCACCAGAAGAACUUGAUGCGCUCGAUGGGGGACUGAAUAAUAUUCAGUCCCACCUGAACCUUGCUUUGCUGGACCUGGACGAUGAUACGGUUUCUGUAAGUAGCUCUGAGCAGAGCGUCUCAUUAGAGGACUAUCUACAAGGAAGAUGGAGUCGCUCGUCAAGUUUUGAUUAAGCAAUUCGUGGUAGUGCUAACUUAUAGCGGCUAUUUCUUUCUAUACUUUCAUAUUAUCCCUUGUCUUUCCCUUAGUUUAGAUUCUAAGAGACUCUGCGGCGACGCUGACUGGGUCUUGGAAGAGAGGUCCAAUAAGAGGUUAGCCCCCUCCUUGACUUUCUAGCUAUUUCUACGAGAUGGGUUAAUGAGUCCAUUCCCACGUCUCAUGAAAGCUUUGGAAUCGUAUUCCAACCCCAAGUUUCAACGGCCUAUUUUGUAGGCCACUUGAGAGUUGAGAACAAUGAAAGAGUAUAUAUUCCUGUAGGGUAGAUCUUUAUUUGCAUCUUGGUUUAACGUCCAUAUAUCCUUGGUCUCCUCAGAUGUGGCAUGCCAUUUUUCAUUUUCAUUUUUGUUUUUUUAACAGCCAUUAGUCCUUUUUUUUUUUUUUUAAUGGUUUAAAGCUUCUCAACGAAGGUACGAGAAAGCGCAGCCCUUUUAUUCCGUUAUGACAUUUUCCUUAAUUGAUUAUCAUGUAUUGAGUGCACAGAAUGUUGAUAAAAUUGGUAUGGAUCGAGAAAUUGCACCUGCA